AUGUCGGUGCGGAUAAAGGCGGUGGUGGACAAGUUCGUGAAGGAGCUCAAGGAGGCGCUGGACGCGGACAUCCAGGACCGCAUCAUGAAGGAGCGGGAGAUGCAGAGCUACAUCGCGGAGCGCGAGCGCGAGGUCGCCGAGCGGGAGGCCGCGUGGAAGGCUGAGCUCUCCCGCCGCGAGGCUGAAAUCGUGCGGCAAGAAGCAAGGCUGAAGAUCGAGAGGGAGAACCUGGAGAAAGAGAAGAGCGUCCUCAUGGGAACGGCCUCGAACCAGGACAACCAAGAUGGAGCCCUGGAGAUCACAGUCAGCGGCGAGAAGUACAGGUGCCUCCGGUUCUCCAAGGCAAAGAAAUGAGAGCCGAGCUGAGCUAGGACGACACUACUGAACUAGUCACUACUGAUAGUACUACGCUCGCUGGAACCAAUUUGAAGCCGUAGCAUCUUAUUUACAAACUGGAACUGUACGAGAAAUUCGGAGAUGUCCCUGAACGAGUAACGGGAAGGAAUCCCUCUCGUCUGGGAUGGCCUGGUUGGUUGGUACCAGCCGGUACUCAGUUCUCACUGCAUCCCUCCUGUUCCUAAUUGAUAGGAUCAUUGAACCAAAGGCAACCUGAACAUGAUGCGGUCCAGUGCAGGCCAAAUCAAGCGUCCUGGGUCACUGUAGCACGAAUCUCUGAAUUAAUAACCCUCUCUUUUUCACCCUUAA